AUGGCACCCGAGCGGUCAUUUUGCGAGGAAGGUCCCUCCCCCUCGGCAUUGGGUUUUUGGGGAAAGCGGAAUGCGUCUGAUAUGAAGGCUUGGGGUUUUGACUUCACAUUGAAUUUAAGAUCUAUCCGCAUUCCUUCGCGCGCUCUUUGUUCGACCACAUGGUCCGAGGAAUGCGGGCGAUACCCAUUCACAUUCCGAUCAGUUUCUGCCCAUCCGCCUUCCGCAUUCCGUUCUGCCACUGGAACGCUGGAACUCCUUUUCCCCUCGUGCCAUUUAGGCAAAGACCAAGGUACUCACUCGUACUGGGUUAUCGGAGACAUCGAGAACCCCGAGCUAAGACCAAUCAAGGGACACCCCAGGUUUCCCCCCCGCUCCCCGCAUCAACCUCCACCGGCUUCCUGUCGCGUCGACAAUGUACUGGAUUUCUUCUGCCGUUCACCACAGCCGGCAUCCACUGCUACCCACGCGGAGAUGGCCCUGACCGCUUCUGGUGCGAUCACCCUCUUCAUAUCUGCUUUUCUAAUGCGGAGAGGAGAAAGCACCCGGAGUUGUCCCGUCCUUGGACAACAAAAAGUCCUGGCCGUUAACUCGCAUCGGCCCCAGGGCGCGGGGCCCAAGUAG